GCCAAAAAGAAGCCAGCAAGUCCUAAAGCAAAACAUCCAACAUUCAACAAGCAUGGCGAUGGCUUACAAGAUGGCAACGACAGGGAUGUCAGUGAAGGAGGAGUGCCGCAGCUCUUUUUUAGACAUGAAGCGCCGGAGGGUGCACCGAUACAUUGUCUUCAAGAUCGACGAGAGCUCAAGAACCAUCAUGGUCGAUAAAGUCGGUGGCCCCGGUGAAGGCUAUAAUGAUCUUGCUGCUUCCCUCCCUGCCGAUGAUUGCCGUUAUGCUGUUUUCGAUUUUGAUUUUGUCACCGUUGACAAUUGUCAAAAGAGCAAGAUCUUCUUCAUUGCCUGGUCUCCCACAGCAUCAAGGAUCAGAUCAAAAAUGCUUUAUGCCACAUCAAAGCAAGGGUUGAGAAGAGUGCUAGAUGGGGUCCACUUUGAAGUGCAAGCCACUGACUCUGCGGAGAUGGGAUUCGAUGUCAUUCAAGACAGAGCCAAAUGAAAAACAAAUUAAUGUGAUAAUUUGAAUGGACUUGGCUUCUUAUGCUUUACUAUUAAUUAUCUUUCAUGUUUCCUCUCCUCUCCUUUCCUCUCCUCUCCUCUCCAUCUCUCCUUUUUCACCCAAUGUCCUUCAUAAUGCUUCAUGGAAAAUAAUUAAUUAACAGUAUCCUUCACAACCA